GGCCGGGCGGGGAGGGGCCUCCCGACUCUCGAUGCUGGACUCCGGAGAGGAUAGAGUUGGGCGUCACCUUAGAUGUCACCAGUUUUACUUGUGAUAGAAAUGGAGUCGGUGUCGUUUCCCAGGAUGCUAGAGUGUCUCGCACACUUACCUACUAACAGGGCCUUAGGAGGUGAAGGCGCCUUGGAUUCCUGCUGCCCCUUUAAGCACAGUUAAGCCCGGGGCACUUGAUCAACCCUGAAUAUCUAGAGUUAAAGCAUUGCCUUGCAAAAUGGUGGAGGACAAGCUGGCACUGUUUGAUAAAAGCAUAAAUGAAUUUGGGAGCAAAUACAGAAGCACUCUGAGUGAUGCUCCUUGUCAGAUGGUGGGGCUAAGAGACGCCUACAAGGACUCGGUCAAGUCACUUAGAGAAAAACUGUCUGUGAAACUGAAGGAAGAAGAACGAAUGAUUGAGAUGUAUCUGGAAUAUAAAAAUCAGGUCAACAGACAGAAUGAGUUGAUUCCAGAGAAAAAAGAUAACUUGUUAAAACUGAUUGCUGAAGUAAAAGACAAAAAGCAGAAAUUGGAAGACCUUAGAAGAAAUAUCCAGGAUCUUAAGGAAGAGUAUUCUAGGAAGAAGGAAACUAUCUCCACUGCCAACAAAGCUAAUGAAGAGAGGUUGAAAAGGCUGCAGAAAUCUGUGGACUUGUAUAAAGCUCGCCGUGGACUGGAAAUUCGAAAAAUAUAUGGUGACAAAUUGCAGUUUAUUUUCACUAAUAUUGACCCUAAGCAUCCUGAGAGCCCAUUUUUGUUAUCUUGGCGUCUAAAUGAAGCAAGGGACUAUGAAGUGUCAGAUAGUGCUCCUCAUCUCGAGUGCCUUGCGGAAUUUCAGGAGAAUGUGAGGAAGACCAACAAUUUUUCGGCUUUUCUUGCCAAUGUUCGGAAAGCUUUUACUGCGAUGGUUUAUACUUAAUAUGUAAAUAGUAUAUUAAAACAAGUUUGUUUUUUCUGUCAUGUA